AUGCAUUUAGCCAAGUUGGUUGCAUUCCUGUUGGCAGGCUGCAUUUUAAAUGCGUUCGCCAACUCAUCGCCAGAUUCAAAACAUUCCAAACUCUCUGUUGUUCCGGGAAAGGCCUUCGAUCGAUUUGUUACCAUCUGGUUGGAGAACACGGACUUCAGUUCCGCGAUGGCUGACCCAAACCUUUCAGCUCUCGCUUCCCAAGGCAUUGAAUUGACAAAUUACUUCGCCCUCACCCACCCCAGUGAGCCGAAUUAUGUCGCUUCUGUCGGCGGGGAAUACUUCGGAAUGGACAACGACAACCUGAACAACAUUCCAGUGAAUGUAUCCACAAUCGUCGACUUGCUUGAGGACAAAGGCAUCACCUGGGCCGAGUACGAAGAGGACAUGCCAUCCACUGGUUUUACGGGUUUGCAGUUUUUGAAUCCAAGGACUGGGGCAAACGAUUAUGUCCGAAAGCACAAUCCACUUAUUGUUUACAAUUCAGUAUCGGGAAACCCUGCCCGCAGCGCCAAUAUUAAAAAUUUCACGUUGUUCCAACAGGAUCUGGCUGCAGGGAAGCUUCCUCAAUGGAUCUUCAUUACCCCAAACAUGACCAACGACGGUCAUGACACCAACGUUACUUUUGCCGCCAAAUGGGUCAAAGGGUUCCUCACUCCACUGUUGUCUAACACCAACUUUAAUGGCGACCGAACGCUCGUACUCUUAACUUUUGAUGAAAAUGAAACCUACGGCAAACAGAACCGAGUCAGAGCCAUCCUCUUGGGAUCGGCGAUCCCCUCUAAUCUCAUUGGUACAACCGAUUCCAACUUCUACGAUCACUACUCCGAAAUUUCAACUAUCGAGGCCAACUGGGGACUUCACACCCUUGGGCGGUAUGACGUCGGCGCGAACGUUUUCUCCUUCGUCGCCCAGAGAACUCACGAUACCAUACGCACGUUGCAAAACCCACCGUUAAGCCAGACCUUCCUGAAUGGUUCUUACCCCGGGGUGUUCAAUUCCAAAACAACAGCUCCGCUGCCGAUUCCGAACACCUCCUUGGUGGUUAACGGCAGAACAGUGUUACCUGGAAUCGUUAAUGUUUGGGGGAGCGCAGCGUUGCAGAGGUGCACAACGUACGCCGGUAAGCUAGAGAUUCCGAGCGCAUCCAACCCCCCUGUCCUCCCCGCCGGAUGUUAG